CUCCGAAAUUCGUCAAUUUCGGCAUCGAAUUCUCGACACGUUGGGAUCAAGAACGAGAAAGAUGGUUGCUUGGAGAUCGAUCUUUCCGCUUAUCUUUGUCGCGGCUCUAAUAGUUUUCGAAGAAUGGGUAUCCAUACCUUCAUGUGAGGUAGUCCCAAGCAACCAUCCUGAGGACGUUUCUGUUGAAGAUUCAGAGGAUUUGAAGGUGAUGAUGGUGGCGAACCUGCUCUUGCUGGGAUCUGAAGCAGGCUACAUGAAUUUGUAUUUCAGAGAUUCCUACAUGGCCAAGUUCUUUAGGAAAUCUUUUGAUCGCCUAAAGCCUGAUAUGCUAGUAGUCUUGGGUGAUGUUUCUGCAAAAGGAUCAGAAUUGACGAGUCAUAAAUGGUUCUCUGUGCUUCAGCAGUUUCAGAGGAUGGUGGGACCCUUUCUUAGUCUCCCUCUUCAUAUUGUUCUUGGUGACAGGGACAUAGGAGAAUGCAGGCAUGUAAGUUCAAAACUCAUCAAUCGAAUAUCUAGCAGUUUGCCAGGAUUGGAUUCUGCAGGUUGUGGUUCUUUUGAAGUAAGCAACAUUAGCUUUUUCUCACUUAACACUGUAGCUCUUCUUUGUGGCAAUAAUGGCCUACGCUUUGGUGUUGAAAAGGCCAUAGAGAGAGAAAGUGUAGAUCUGCAAACCCACAUAGUGGGUACAAAUGAAGCCACAAAUGAUUCCAACAGGUUCCAUGUCCAUGAGAAUUUUGGCAGUUUUCAUUGGAGAGAGAAUGCAGUGUCAUCUGGUUCUGGACCUGUCCUCUUACUUCACUUUCCGCUGCAUCCGACAACAAACAAUAGCUGUAUGGAUGCCAGUGCUCUCAAGAGAACCGUUUCACCUCUUGAACGUUGGAGUUUAAGAACAUUUUACAAUCAGAAGCAAGCUGGGAUGGGACCUUACGAGUUGUUGCAAGCUCUCCCCCAAAAUGCAACUGAAUACAUCAUCCAUGCUCUUAAACCCAGGAUAGUCUUCAGUGCUCAUACCCACAGAUUCUGUGACCACAUUCACAGAGAUGGAACCCGGGAGGUGACUGUCCCCGCCAUGACCUGGAAUGCAAGGGAUGACCCUGGUUUCAUUGUUGCCACUUUUGGGAGGAACAAAGCAGUGACUAUUAGCCAGUGCUCCCUUGCUAGAGAAUCUCAUGUAAUAAUGGCAUAUGUCUCUGUUCUGGUUUUGUUAUUAACUACAACACUAAUAACAAGCAAUUCACAUUUGUUGAAUUCGAGGAGAUAAUUUUCCACCAUUCACUGUGUAUUUUAUUUUAUUUUUGUUCUUGUUUUAUUCAAGUUUUUGCUCCACUUGUAGUUUUGUAUUAUAGCUCACAGGUGGAUGAAAUUCAUCCUUGCGUGUAUCAGUAAUUGGUGAUAAGUGUAAUACAAGAACUGGGUAAUCACAUCAACUUCGGAAAAAAACAAGGCAUAAGGAUUAAAGCUGUGAUUCUGU